GCAGGCGGCUAAGGGUCUGGCCACAGUCCGGGAGUCUAAGGUUGCGCCCGUGCCUUCUUCGCCACUUCCACCGCGCACCAUGAGCCCGGGUCCUCGUCUGCUGCUGCCCGCGGUGCUCUGCCUGGGCCUUGGAGCCCUGGUAUCUUCUUCGGGGUCCUCGGGCGUCCGAAAGCGAGGUCCCUCGGUGACGGACAAGGUCUUCUUUGAUGUGAGGAUCGGAGACAAAGAUGUGGGUAGAAUUGUGAUUGGCCUCUUUGGAAAUGUUGUACCCAAGACGGUGGAAAACUUCGUGGCUCUGGCAACUGGAGAGAAAGGCUACGGGUACAAGGGAAGCAUCUUCCACCGCGUCAUCAAGGACUUCAUGAUUCAAGGAGGGGACUUCACAGCUAGAGACGGCACUGGAGGGAUGAGCAUCUAUGGUGAGACUUUUCCUGAUGAGAACUUCAAGCUGAAGCACUAUGGCAUUGGCUGGGUCAGCAUGGCCAAUGCUGGACCAGACACCAACGGAUCCCAGUUCUUCAUCACCUUGACCAAGACCACCUGGUUGGAUGGCAAACACGUUGUAUUUGGAAAAGUCCUGGAUGGGAUGACUGUGGUACAUUCCAUUGAACUUCAAGCAACGGAUAACCAUGACCGCCCACUCACCGACUGCACCAUCGUCAACAGUGGCAAGAUAGAUGUGAAAACACCCUUUGUGGUUGAGGUCCCUGACUGGUGACAGAAAUGGCGGAAGACAGGAAACACACUGGCUGGCCCAUGUGCACUUCUGCGAUCCACCAGCUGUCUUUUAGUUACUUAAAAGGCAUAGUUAAAAAAGUUUCUCGUUUAACUUUCCAGUCUAGAUUGCAAUAACAAUUUAAAAAAAUCAACCACACAGCCAGAUGUCUCAACAAACACCUGUCAUUCCAGUAUUUGGGAAGUGCAGGCAAGAGGAUCGGGGGUUCAAGGCCAGCCUGGGCUAACAGUAAGUUUGAGGCUAGCCUUGUCUGUGUUCAAAAACACAUAAGUAACAACAAUAAAAAUCAAUCAAAGUCCUGCUCUGGGACUUGAAAUUGAAUGACAUAUCCUUCUUUUCUAGUGGUGCUAUUUUCAAAUCAAAAAACUUUUCAUUGGCUAUUUAUUUUUACAAACACGGUUUUAGUUUCACACGGUUCCUUGUGAUCUCCAUUUGGAUGACUGGAGGGUUUGUUUGAGGAAGGUGACUAUAAUGAAGGUUAGCAUUUUCUGUUCAAAUAAAUCUUGUUCAGGUAAAGGGAAAUUUGAGUAGUAUCAUAUGCUGUAUAUCAUGAGCAUUCUGGGGCUUGGAUGUUCUUUUAUAUUAAAUACUUUUUAAAUCAAUGGA